AUGGACAGGCCAGAGGAUACCUGGCCCACGAGCGCCUGGGGUGCGCUUGCCAACGCGUCUGUCAGUCUCCACACCAGCCUACCUACCAAUGCCUGGUGGGAGAACAUCGUGCUUGGCUUCCCAUCGCAGGAAACGAGGUCGAACAACAUCGUCGUGAUUCCCUACACUUUCGAUGUCGCCGGGGACACUGCCGGCCUGAGGGUACACUUUCCCCAGGUGGUCGCCUCUGACCUGAUCGUCCAGACAACCUUCGACUGGCGGCACGCGCUCCAGCUUGGCUGCGUGGAAAAGGUGACCGAUCACUACAUCACCCAGCCGGGACCCCUCUCUGUGACGCUUAACUGGGACGUGGCGGCCGGGGUUACGAGUGCGGGGGCUCCGGCUAUGAGCGUCCCCGCCGUGCGCGGUUCUCCGUACGCUACGAUGGAAUAUCGCGGGGUUCGGCCCGUUAUUUCUGCUCGCCAGGAAGUUACGCAGCUCGUGGUCGACGGCGAGCGGCUUUCCCUCUCCUCUGGCUGCGAGAACGGGACCUCGGUGCACGUGGAACGGGAGGUGGAGAUCAUCUUCUCCGGCGGAGCGGUUAGCAGCGACGACACCUGGCUCGUCUUCGUCUCCCACCCGGCGGAGUUUCUGUGCAGCUCUUGGUUCGCCAUGGAGCGCGGGGAGCCCCCCACCCCGGGCGCCGUCGGCGCUUGGCAGAGCAUGCCUCGAUUUAGGCUCGAGGCCGUCCGCGCGGUGUCGGAAGAAGAAGGCGGUGUGGUCCGCGCGGCCAUGGUCAACACGUGCACGUCGGGGACAAGCAACAGGUGCACGAAGCCCGGGGAGCCCGACGACAGGGAGGACUAUGCCAAGCUGCUGCGGGCGCAUGCUGAGGUUUAUCCCACGGGACAGGCCAGAGUGUCGUACUCUUCAAGCAGUCUCGACUGGAUCGAAGACGCCCUUCAGGCUUUCACAGCUGCGGACGGGCUCACCGACAUCGGAACACCCUCGCUACACGGCCAGGCGGAGGUGGCCAUAGGCAACGAGUGGAGCAUGAAGGUCGCCCUGCCACCGGUGUCUUUCGGGGUGGGACGGCCCGUCCGCGAGGAGAUGGUUGCCGACGUGAACGAGGCUCUGGACGAGGACGUGAAGUACGAGAUGCCGAAAAACUAUCUCAGGGGGGAGGGAGACAGUAAGUUCGCAGCAACAAGGCAGUGUUCGGUGUUGUUCAGUGCAGCCGAUCGAUCCGCACGGCAGCUUCAGCGAAUCGGAAGGAACAAUACCCCUCAAGAACGAACGUGA